AGUUGCCAAGGAUACAGAUUAUGUGUCAUGCAUCCGGGCAGUUCGAACCUCAUGAAUGCGCACUUUCUCAGUCCCAGAGGAAUUUCAUGUGGCCCAAAAGGGUGUGUGUGUAUGUGUGUGAGAGAGUGUUUGUACACCGAAUGACAACAAAUGAAGGAGUUAUUGAGUCUGAAUCGUGAGGAUCCGUGCCAUCGUGGGCUAGAACUUCAUCAGUAAGAAACACCAGACGGUGUUACUAACAUGGCCGAUGAUAGCGAAUGGGUCUUGGAGAGCAUUGCUGGAUACCUUGGUAGUCCAGAAUGGGUGAUACCAGUUACCGACUUUAUGGAAAACAAGUGCACAGUAUUUGACGAUGAGGACGAAAACAAACUGACUUACACAGAAAUCCACCAGCAAUACAAAGAAUUGGCGGAGAAGUUGCUAGACAAUUACAUGCAAGAAGUGGGCAUCAACGAGCAGCAGUUUGUGGAAGCGUGCGCCUCUCCUUUUGCAAAAUCCAAAACAUUGCAGGGUGUACUCCAGCCAGUUCUGGCCUCAGAUGACUUCCAGAUGUUUCGGUCCCUGAUGGUCCAGAAGAACAUGGAGCUUCAGCUUCAGGCCUUACGUGUGAUAAAAGAGAGGAAUGGAGCGCUGCCUGAGUGUUUGAUGGAUGGAGAGGACGUUAUGGGCGAGCUGGAACAACAGGAGAUGAAGAUUUUACAGGAAGUGCUCCGGAGGUCAAAGGAGGAGUAUGACAUGGAGAUGGCUCGCCGGACGCUGUUGGAGGAGGAGGUUGGAACCACGUCCAGCAGCUGUUCCAUCCCAUCUGUGCCCAACGGAACCGGCCCUCACCAGGCACCUCCUUUGGCCCCUGCACCGACGGCCAACAGCGCCGGCAAGACGAGCAGCACCGCAGCUAAGAAAGAAGAGAAGAGACUGGUGUUAGGAAAAGGAGAUAAGGACCAGAAGAGUCCAGCCAAAACGGGCGGCGCCAGUCCUGUCAAACCGCCCGCAGAGCGAGGUGGCAGUGAUGGCAAGACUCUCCCUGCGGUGAGAGCGCCGGUUACAGGUGCUCCUGUCUCACCCAAAGAGAAGAGCAACAGCAACAGCCAGGCAGCCGAGAACUGGCUAGAGGAGGCACAGAAAGAAGCGGGUAUCUCCAAGCCAUUUACGGAGUUGUCGGCGUCACAGCAGGAGCAGCUCCAGCAGAGGGCACUGUACCUGAGACAGCAGCGUGACAAGCUGCAGGCCCUGAAGAAGGAGCAGCAGCGACCCAAACAGGGCCAACCCGAAGAGGCACCAGCAGCCCCCACCGCUGCACCCAGCACACAGGAGAAUGUCCCCAAAAAGGCUGUGAGUGCUAGUAAUGGCAACUCCUCACAGCCAGGGGGCGCACCUCAAGGAGACCAAAAGCCAAAGGAAAUAUCGGUAGAGGAAAGAAAGAAGUUACAGAAACGGAAACACCUAGCAGAAAAAUUAAAAGAAGAGGUUAUCAAGAAGUAGCUCUUGCCUUUUGAAGCCCUUCUUGACCACUGAGAGAUUACUGUUAAAAAUGGACUAUAAAUAUACCAGGAGACUGGAGAAAGAUGCCAUUAAAAUAAAGCAUUUGAAACUGUCCCGUAUGUAGAUGUGAUUUAAAUCAUGCAUUCUAUCUAUGUAAUACAUAUAUGCUAAUGCUAUGUUUAAUAAACAAUUUUAUAUACCCUCCUUUUUCACUUGGCAUUAGCAAGUAUGAAAGUAGUAUGAUUUCACCUAAGGAUCAGGUACUGUUCAUCAGUAUUUAAACGUCUUCAUUCCACUUAUAUAGCAAACUUACAUGUCACAUGUUGUGCAUAACUGACCUGUAACAGGCAUUCUUCCGGCUCACACAUACUUGGGCAUACAACAACAUUAAGCUAAAUGUUGCUAUGUGUUCGUUUUCAUUUUGUGUUGUAGCUUGAUCUGCAUAUGUGCUGUCAAUGGGUAAUGCUGUAUGUUGUUUUGUAAAUAUUGUAUAUUCUGGUUUGACUGCUGUAUUGUUAAGGUACCCAUCAUGUGUGGAGAUCAUUGUCUUGAGGACACAAUUACAUAUUGUCAUUCAAACUGCACAUCUGUGAUAUGCAAAUAAAGUAUAGUUCUCUUUGGCUAUAAUACCGAA